UUGGCACCUAUUUGCGCAUGCAUUCUAACCUAUGUACAAGAUUUGUACAUAAAAGUUGGAUACAUUUUACAAGCUAGAGCUUGUAGUUUAGUAUCACGGUGUACCGUGCUAGUACAUUUUACAUUACAUAAGAAGUCUGUGUUUGAAACUAAAAUUAUUUCUGAAAAGAGCAGUUUAUUCAUAGCAUUAUAAUCAAUGAUCCAUGUGGUGACUGCAUACGUGCAUCUGUUUACGUUUCUCCACCAGGUUAUGUCCGUAGCAACAAAAUGAGCAAUUUAAGUGAAACGUCAAACGAGCCGAUACUUUACGAAUUAUUGGAGUACUUUGUUCGGAAACAAGAACCGGAACUGAUAAAAUGUAAAAAUGACGCGGUCAUUCUCCCGGCUACUGGCACAAUAAAAAAUGCGCUCAGGUAUCUUAACAACAGGUAUUCUUUACCUGAGAGCAUCUCGCAACAGGUCAGCCUAACAUUGCCAUGGAAACUCGCCGUUGGGGAUCAGGGUAGGGUACUCGCUAUUUUGCAGGAGAAUUUUAUCGAGAUACGGAAAGCCAAGGACGAAUAUUCCUCCGUAGUGAGCAAAGCAUCCGUUCCAAAGGACGCCUUCCCUCAGUGGCGCAGGCUCGCGUGGAGCCCCGAUGGGAUGAUCUUGGUGCUGGCAUCCAGCAGCGGUUACACGUCCUUUUACAAUGCGCUGGGAAACAAUAUAUUUAAUAUCAGUCCAAAAACAAUGUCGCAGAAUUCACAGAUUCUCGAGGCUGGUGACGCAACAGCAUCCAUGAUGUUCCUCAAGCCGAGAGCUGAGAAUGAAAAAUGGAGCUACGAAUUUAUUCUCGUUUCAUAUAGUGGACUGCUCAGAUCUUAUCACAUUUCCACGACCGGCUUUAGCGCGAACUAUGAUUUCUCCUUCGGCAACUUUUACAAGAACGGCAUUAACGCUGUCGCCUAUGACGAGAAGCACAGCUUGUUCUACGUCGCUGGGAACAUGAUCACGCAAAAAUUAACCUCCACUGCGUCCGAAUCUGGAUUAACUUCGUGGCGGCUCUUGAACGACGAUCCUUAUUGCAAGUUAUCGUUCGCGUUCGAGGACUCGACUACGAGCGCGUCGCGGUUUUCCAUAUGGAAUUUCAUUCCCAUCUUCAAUUUGCAACCGGAGUCGAUCAUAUUCGCGACAAGGAUUUCGCCGAACGGCGAGUUUCUCGUGUGCCUGCACACGGAUGGUUCAGUCUCACUGUGGGGCCUGCCGAACUUGGUACUGCAGAAGAAAUGGAAAUUAUCGGAGCAACCGGAAUACAAUGUGCCUAAUCCUUUCGGUCUCAUAAAAUCGAAAAAAUUCCCGCCGGGCUUUACGGAAUUUCAUCCCAUAGAUAUCGGCUGGUGGUCUGAUCAGGCUAUCAUAAUAGCUAGAUAUUCGGGAUCCACUUCAGUAUGUUCCACAUGGAACUUGAAGAAUUUGCUAGGCAUUAGUCCAGAAUUCUUAGCGGGGCAGCCACAGAUAUGUGAGCUGAGCUCGGAAAAGGGAUGUUUAUGCUUAGAUUGCGAGACCAUUAUUACAAGUAAAAAGCGAAGCAGGCAAUCCAGCGAUGGUCAUUUACCAGAGGCAUCGUCGGAAAGCGAGAAAGACGACGACGAGUUGGAGCCCGUUACCAUAUUAAAUUAUACUACGAAUUUGGUACAGAGCACAUUGUAUUCAAUAACUGAUAUCGAGAGAUUUCAACCGAAAAGGAAAAAGUCGAAAGUAUUCCACCGAACUUACAGAAUUCUCGGCUUGAAGAGCACGACGCCGGAAGAGCUUUACUCCAGGAAAAUAGACAUCGAAGAAUACGAGGAAGCCUUGGCUCUAGCAAAUACGUACAGUUUGGACACGGAUCUCGUGUAUCAAACGCAAUGGAGGAAGUCGGAGUUAUCUUUGAGCGCCAUUACGGAGCAUUUAAGUAAAAUAAGCAAACGAUCCUGGGUCCUAAACGAAUGCGUCGUCCGCGUCCCCGAUACCAUGGAAGCUGCGAGAGAAUUGUUGAAUUUUGGAUUGAGGGGAGCGAAUUUGGAAACUCUGCUAGCCAUCGAUAUCUGCGACGACAACAAAUUCAUAACACCCGAUACCGACGACGAUUGGCAAGCGUUAGACGAAAGCGCUGUAAAUUUGAAGCAGGUACAGAAAGUAAACGAGAUGCUCGAGAAAAUAAAUAUCAGGAAUUUAUCAGAAGCGCAGAAGAAUUUAAUCAACUAUCGGCGGCGGCUUCUAAGUCAUCUAGAUAAGUUGCUCACUUACGAAAUCAUAUUGGCAUCGCCUCUCAAAUACAAGAAAGAAUUCUACGAGGAAUUCCGAAGAUUAUCAGCCGUCGAGAACGCAAUUAGAUUCGCCAAAGAUGGCGAUUGUCGAGCCGUGGAGAUCAUGUUCACCCAUUACGGCGAGAGUUUGCUGCCUCAUUGGUUGGCAAUUAUCAGCUUCUUCCCAGAAACCUUGGAUCCAUCCGAUUAUCAGAAGCUGCUGCCAGAAUGCGACUCGGACGGCCAGUUGUUUUUGUUGGAUCAACGCGAGUUACGGCAGAAGGACUGGUCGGAGAAACCCGAGUUUACUGAGAUAGUAAAUCUGGAUUCGGACGACCGAUCAGAAAUCUUGUACGACUUGGAUCCCUCACUAUCGAUAUAUAGAAAUGCGCAACUUACGCCAGACUUAUUGCAGAAGUGGUACAAGACACGUGCCUACGAAAUCGAGAAGAAUAGUUCGAUGGUAGAUAAUGCUCUGCGAUUGGUGAAAAUCGCAAAGUCACAUAAUAUCAGUGGCAUUGAAGAUUUGUUGUUAGACCUGGAAACUUUGGACGACCUUGUGUACAAGGUUUGCCUGGAGGAGAUGUCGUUGGACCAACUGGAGAAGCUGAGUAACGUGGAGAAGAUAAAACUCUUAAUGAGCACGUCGGCCGAAGCAAAUUUCGUCGAGAACAUAAGGAACCUCUUAUUACCUUUCAUUAAACGAAGACAUCAAUAUUUAGGUGGAGAUCUGCAGAGACAUCUGCUGAGCGAUUACCUGAUCUGCUUGAGCAAGGACGACUUGACAUUCCCCAUUAAAUUUUUCGAAUACUUAGCACAAACGCAGGAUGCCAAAAUGGUUGAAAUGAUUGACGACGUUGCUGCUUUGGCCUUAGAUUGCAUAUACGCUUGCGACGAUCUCGACAUGUACGAGAAAGCGAACAGUAUCUUGGACUCGAUAUCGAAAAACCAAGAUGAGAUGAGGACAAGCGCGACAUGCAGCUUGCUAGAGGAGCUUAAGGGAGAGCUCGACUGCAUGAGGCUCUUGGGCAAGUACGAUGUGAGGACGACGUUGAAGUUUGUGCGAGGAAAUAAGGGCAAUUCGGACAUUGCCAGAUCGUUGCUGAUCCGAAUGGCAAAAAGCUUAAAUAAAAGGCUGAUACCUCCAGAUCAGAAAGACUGGGCGCACUUGUUAAACGAUAUGUUGGACAUACACGGGUUAAUUUUCUCCUGCAUCGUUGUGGAAACCUGCUUCGAGAUAUGCGUGUCCGCUCGCUUAGUUUCAGGGAUUAAAUCCACUAUCCAGAGUUGCGGCUCCUUGAUAGAGACGAAGAAAAAUGAGAAAUCUCUGCUAAAAGUAUCGUACGAGAAAGCGAUCGAUCUUAUAUUGGAGGCGACCAAAGAGUACUUUAAUGGCUCGAAAACGCUUACGGAUCCAAACAUAGAAUUGGCUAAAGCUUGCCUUCAUCUCAUCGAGGAUGAUAACGUGAACAUCAAGGAGGAAUACGAUCUUAUUAAAUCGCUCCAAAUAUUGCAUGAGUUCAACGUCGAUGCGUUACCGCUUCAAGUUAGAUUAACAGUGGAUAGAUUAACGCUGAUCGAGCAGUGUUUAAAUAAUCAAAGGGACGCUUACAAGAAUCGGCAGCGGUUAUUAACAUUAGCAGCUUACUUGCGAAUCGAAGGGAGUAACGGUAGACUUCGUGAAGGAAAGGUGUUAGAAUUGAUAGCUAAAAAGGCACUUCAGACCGAGGAUUAUAAUACGUGUGCUACAAUAUGCACGCAAUUAGCGCAGAACAAUUAUCUGCCUGCCUGGGAGAUUUGUCUAAGCUUGGGGUGCUCCAGCAAUUACCAGGACUUGAAAGUUAGGCAGAAGUGCCUGUGGUUCGCGAUAAAUAACGGUCCUAGCGAGAUACUCGGCAAUGCACUGGAGCAUAUGCAUCUGUUAGAGAUACAAACGCUGCACAAAAAUUUGGAGCUGUGGAUGCCUGCCGUCGAAUUGGAGAGUCCCGGAAAUGAGGAGAGCGAGAGCGAAGAUGACUUCACGGAUGCUAUGACAACGCCUCAAACCGAAGUGAAGGAGUUCGUUCCGAAAAUGUUGGAGACUUCGACGGGACUGGUGAAGAGCUCGGCCAGCAUCAUGAAGCAGUCGACGUUCGGCUUGAUAAGGAAUAUCGGUAACACGAAUUUCUGGAAAUCCCGAUUGAGAUUUAAUUUCACGAACAACCUGAACGCGGAGGCACAGCAGGAAUCUGAGGGCGAGCAACCGGAGGGGAGCACCGAUCUCCAGAGUUUUCCGCGAUUUUACGGAUCUCUGCACGAGACGUGCGGGAUAAGUGCCAACGAGACGCGAUACAACAAAUAUUCCAUGCCGGACGUGCAGAACACGAGGCUGAAGUGUUGCCGGGCGCUCUUGAGGAUAACUAUACUGGGCGAAUCUUCUUGUUAUGGGCUAGAAGUAAGCGACAUCAAUCACUUGCUUCUAGAAUGCGCGAAGUACACUAUACCGGACGAUUGGUUGCUCGGCAUGGCGUAUCUACUAAGUCUAAAUAAAGAUCGCGUUCUGGAUGCUCAAGCGGUUUUCGUGGACCUGCCGCACACCGAAUUGCACAUACAAACCGCGCUCUAUUACCACUCGUUAGAAUUGUAUAAGACGUUGCACACCGAUUGCGGGAAUCUGUAUCUGUACAGACCGGUAGAUUUAAUGAGGCACAUGACGCUUGCGGCACAAACGGCGUCCAAUGAAAGCGAGAUUGUCGGAGCGUUGCGAUACUGGCAAAGUCAGUUGCUCGAUGAGGCGGAAAUUGCUCAACCGGAGCAGGUGGAAGCGAGCGACACAGGUGCGCCAGGACUAAGACAAAAUACCGCAGACAGAAAAGAAAAGUCAGAAGGAACACGAGACGCAGAAUACGUUGGCGUCGACAAUACUCCAGUUACCAGUCCUGACGUGAGCGAGAUUCAACGGAAAGCUGCUGUCCCGGACGAGAUUGACACCGUGGAAUGGACGGACGAUUGGGGUGAUUUCUCCGAUGACGACGACGCGGGAGCGACGAGCGACAAGAGGACCAGAUCCGGAGAAAAUUUCGAGGCAACUUCGCAAGACGAGGUCGUUUCCUUCAAUCGCAGCAUCGCCGAGUGCGUGACCGAGGAAGAUCGACUCGCGGUGUUCCAACUGCGGUUCAGUCGCAUGAGUAAUUUGGAGGAUUAUGCGGAAUUGAAGAAAAUACUGUCGCAAUGGCCGGAGCUUAGUGCGGCAGGUGACGUCGCGUCAAACCCGGUUCUGAGAAUGAUGAAGGCGAUAAUUCCGCUGAUCGCGAAAACGAACGCGGCCGAUUUUCAAGAGAGGAUACUGCGAGAGCACGAGGAGCUCGUCAAGUUAUUAAUGUCCAAGGAGAUUCUCAAGCAGUUCCUGGAGGCCGAACAGGAUCGCAUCAGUUUCGUGCAGAGCCUUUACGUAAGAUUAUGUUCCGAGGACGAGUCUAUGUUCAAGGAAGCAGUGGAUCUCGUUAAACAGCAGGAACAGACUAUCGUGUUGCCACCGUUGGUGUUGGAGAAACUCUUCCGAAACGACUUAACGGCAUUAUUCAAGCCGGAUCAUCCCGUGUACAAUCAGAUAAUCGAGCACAUCUUUGUAAAUCAGUCCUUAACAGAUAUCGAGGAAAACGCGAGAAUGCUCGUACGCGAAUUGGGGAAGCAAAAAUAUGUGCUGGAGGCUCUGAAUAUCAUAAAAUUGAUGGAGAAGAUACCAUCGGCUUUGUGUACCUUCGACACUUGUUUCCAAUUGUUAAUGGAACAAUGAAUGUAUUCCAAAUGAAACAACUGUGAUGUAUUUUAUAUAUAAGGGGAAGUGAGAGAGAGAGAGAGAGAGAGAAGUCGCAGAAAAGAUAUUGUUAUACAAUAAUCUCCUUGUUUUAAUAACAUGAAAAAUACUACUACAUCAUAA